AUGAGAACCAUUGAGGAGACCAGAAAGAGAUGGGCGAUAUUGUUCAAUAGCGACGCUCCCUCCGAUUUUCGAGCUGCGCUCCGAGCGGAGCAGGGUGGGAAGCUGUGCAACGAUGGGCUGAGAUCGAUCUGCUGGAAGGUGUUUCUGCUCUUCGAGGGUCUCGAUCGCGAACAAUGGUCCAAGAAACUAGACGAGUCGCGUGACGCAUACAGCGCACUCCGCGCCCACUUUUUGAAAUAUAUUGAACACCCCGACGAUUUAGAGUCAUCUGCUGAUCCGCUGGCGGACGAUGAGGAGUCUCCUUGGCAAACACUUCGCCAGGAUGAGAAACUUCGAGCGGAGAUUUUACAGGACGUUGACCGAUGCCUGCAAGAAAAUUACUUCUUUCAAGAGCCAGCAACCAAGUCAAAACUGACUGAUGUCCUGUUUAUUUACUCAAAACUCAAUCCAGAUGUGGGCUACCGGCAAGGCAUGCAUGAGCUCCUGGCUCCGAUUCUUUGGGUCAUUGAUCGGGAUGCAAUUACCCCACCACUGGAAAGUCCUACGGCUCGUACAUACUAUGAGCAUGGCGAGACGCGAUCCUCCGACGGUCAAAUGGACGUCAUUCCAAUUGUGAGUAGGUGUGAAUAUCUUCACAAAGAGGCUCUGGGAACUAUAGACCAUGAGUUGGCAGAUCACCUACAAGCCAUAGAAGUGCUACCUCAAAUUUUCUUGACGCGUUGGAUGCGUUUACUUUUUGGACGUGAAUUCCCAUUCGACGAUGUGCUGAUCAUGUGGGAUGUUUUGUUCGCCAAUGGCCUGAGAUCUGAUCUUGUGGACUUUACCUGCAUCGCAAUGCUACUUAGAAUUCGCUGGGAACUGCUCAGCGCAGAUUACACAGGUGCAUUGUCAUUGUUACUGCGCUACCCCUCUCCGGAACCACAUAAACCUCGGACUUUCAUUUAUGAUGCACUGUACCUCGAGCAGAAUCCUACUGCGGAACGAGGCAGUUUCAUCAUUUCGAAAUAUUCAGGCAAAGAACCAGAGUCGUCGAAACGCCAUAGCCAAUCCCGUUUACGACCUGCCCGACGAGCACAUUUGUGGGAUGAUUUCACAACCAGCAGCGGCAGUAACUCUUCUACACAAUCACCAACCAGAAAUAGCCCCAAGAGCCUCGAGUCACUUUUUCAGGACGUGUCUCAGGGAAUACAGCGACGCACUGAGUCUUGGGGUGUGGCCAAGGCUGUCCGGGGGGCUGUCACUGAAGCCAGAAAAAACAUGCAGACAAUGAAUUAUGAGCCAGGACUACGAGCACACAAUGCAGACCGACAACCGACUGGUACGAUACCGCCAGGAAUCCCAAAAACUCCAACGGCCACUGAGCUAGGUCUGAAAGCACGAAUCGACCGCUUGGAAGAGAGAAACCAAGAAUUAGCGAAUGCUCUGGGCGACGCAUUAAAAGAUCUUUAUUUACAGCUAGCCACCGUGAAGGAUCUUGACCCAACCGCGCAUGAUGCAGUGAAACAGACCUUGAAUAGGGCAGUGUCAGUACAAAGCUGUCUUCAAGACCCUUCGCUGCCACUGCCAACCUUGGCUCCAAAUUUGACACCAGUCGGCAAAACCGAUGAGACGAAUGAAACAGAACGGUCGCUAAUUCCCCCGCCCAAAGACCCCAUCCUCACAGAGACUGAAACAGAUACGACCGCCAGCGAUCAGCAAAAUACAGUUGACCCCCAUGUGGAUAGUCUCCAGUCCAACGCCAAGGAGAAUCCUCCAGAGCCAGUGAGCGGCGCAGGAGAAACGAAAGCUGGCGGCCCGGUUGAAGCAAGGCGGGAGGCACUGCGGCCGAAUCUGCGGUCAUCCCUGUCCGAUGCAGGGUUCUCGUGGAUGCUAGAAGGCAGCCGAAACCUCUCCAGUUUCGUGAGCUCGGCAUCGGUGCCCCCGGAGCAGACUCGACACCAGGAGUCACCCCGAACGAAAGGCAGUCCCUUGUUCGGAAACAGCGGGGAGGAGAAGUCAGGCUCCGAUGCCGAGCACGACGAAUUGGCCUUGCGUAGUCUCCGAGGUCCGCUUUAA